GGGAUGAAGGAGUUAACUCCGUUAGGUGAGCAGCUCCCCAGCGCGCGCCUGCGCAGUCCAGGCUGCGCGCCCAAUGGCAGGCAGGUGUGCCGGGCGGCCACGUGGAGUCCCGCUGCCCGCAGAAGAGACGCUGGCCGGGCGUGGCUGCUGUUGCUUUUUCUCUCUGUUCUGCGAAGCACCAACUGAAGUGAGGCUUAAGCUGCAUUUGGAAUCUACAGCCAGCUGUUCCAAGGAGAUGUCUACACCCACCCAGGACUUCUGGAACUAUAUUCCAGAAGAACUUCUGGUCCACAUAUUUUCCUACUUGCCUUUUGAAGACCGACACACAGCCUUCUCCGUAUGCAAACGCUGGGCUGCGGCACUUUGUAUCGGUUCUGUCUGGAGUUCUACUGAGAUCAGUUGCAACCCAAGAGAGAUGAGUCAGCCGUGCUUGCUGCAGAGCCUACACCUGUUCCUGCGCCAUAUUAAACACCUGAAGAUUCUGCUUGAUCAGACGCGGCAGCUAUACCGGAGGAAUGUCACUCGGAUUUUAGACAUGCUGACUUGGCAGAACCAAAACGUGCAGGCACUUUCUAUUGUGUGCAGUGAAAAUAAACCGUUUUUCUAUUCUUGCCCAGACAUCAUGCAGAGUUUCAGAAAAAUCUGUGGAAACACAGGCAAGAUUGAUCUUCAGUAUAUUGACUUCAGAAAAACACCUUUUACUUUAGACAAUGGGUUGGUCCGGCGGAUUGCAACCAGUAACCCGAAUCUGCACACUUUGUUAAUCAACAACCACCCCCCUAGGUUAAUUAUCCUCAGGCCAAAGACCAUUGCAGAGGUUCUGAGGGUUUGUCCUAAAUUAUCUGCGUUGGGGGUCCACCAUGCCACUCUUUCUGAGGGUGUGUUCCGAGAGUUGUUGAAGCCAAGCAGAGGCCCCUUCAGGUUCUUGGACAUCUUCUGUGAGGGCGUAGAGCGCUACAUCCCUGAAGGAGUUUGGUCUGCUUUGACUGAGAAACACCCACAGCUCCGUGUAGGGUUGGAGUUUGGUCCCCUGGUCCCUACGUGGAAAAUGUCUCGGAUUUUAUUGCCAAAUAUUCCCGUGGCCACUCUGCGAUUUAACUGCCGUACGUACAUGGUACAACUCAUUCGGUUUGUUACUGCCAACUACAGCAGGACUUUGGAGAGGCUGAUCUUUUACUCUGCUGCAUCCGGUGAGCUCAAUGACUCUCUCAUAGAGUUGGCAAAGAGAUGUGUGCAUCUGAAAGAGAUUCACUGCUCCUGUGCAGUUAGCCAAGCAGUGAUAGAUGCUUUUCUCUUGUAUUGUCCUGGUCUGAUCAGAUACACUCUAUCCAAGUUCUCUCCCUUCUAAUCUUUGCUUGCUGCAAGUGCAAUAGAUCUGACCUCUGCUCUUCCAGAGCAUCGAUAUAGGUGUAUCCUAAAAGUGACUGUGGUAGCGAGAGAGUUGAGAAACGUUAGGUUCUAAAUGCACACAGAGCCAAAGACUCUAACUUUACGGGACAGCACUCAGGUCAUUUAGCUGUGGAGACUGGUGGUUAAAAUGUUUUAUGAAGUUUGCAUUUUAAUAUAUGUUUUGGUAAUUAUAACUUACAAUAAAGGUUUGCAUAUACA